AUGAAAGUAGAUACCCCGGACUCUGCCUCCACCAUCAGCAUGACCAACACCAUCACCAUCACCGUAGAGCAGGACGGGAUCUAUGAGGUCAACGGAGCUCGUCAAGACCCCGUCAUCAACCUCCAGAUGGUGACCGGCUCCUCCAAGCUGCGCAAGCAGCUGCGCGACUCGGAUGACUUGAUUGUGUGUCCGGGUGUGUACGAUGGUCUGUCGGCUCGGAUUGCCAUCAACCUGGGCUUCAAGGCCAUGUACAUGACCGGUGCCGGCACUACUGCAUCCCGCCUCGGCCAUGCCGAUCUCGGUCUGGCGCAUCUGUACGACAUGCGCACCAACGCCGAGAUGAUUGCGAAUCUGGAUCCGUACGGACCGCCCUUGAUUGCGGACAUGGACACCGGCUACGGAGGCCCACUAAUGGUCUCGCGCUCGGUGCAACAAUACAUCCAAGCCGGCGUCGCAGGCUUCCACAUCGAAGACCAGAUCCAAAACAAGCGAUGCGGGCACCUGGCCGGGAAACGCGUCGUCAGCAUCGACGAAUACCUCACGCGGAUCCGCGCCGCCAAGCUCACCAAGGACCGUCUCCGCAGCGACAUCGUGCUGAUCGCGCGCACCGACGCCCUCCAACAACACGGCUACGACGAGUGCAUUAAGCGUCUGAAAGCGGCGCGCGAUCUCGGCGCCGACGUGGGUCUCCUGGAGGGAUUUACCAGUAAGGAGAUGGCGCGGCGGUGUGUCCAGGACCUUGCCCCGUGGCCGUUGUUGUUGAAUAUGGUGGAGAAUGGCGCCGGGCCGGUCAUUACGACUGCGGAGGCGAAGGAGAUGGGGUUCCGCAUUAUGAUCUUCUCGUUUGCGUGCAUUACCCCGGCGUAUAUGGGGAUUACGGCGGCUUUGGAGCGGUUGAAGAAGGAGGGGGUGGUUGGGUUGCCGGAGGGGAUGGGACCGAAGAAGUUGUUUGAGGUGUGUGGGUUGAUGGAUUCGGUGCGGAUUGAUACGGAAGCUGGGGGGGAUGGGUUUGCUAAUGGGGUUUAA